CUCGGUUAAGUUUAACUAUUGUAAAUAUAGCUGUUGCAACGUAAGGUUUUCAAAAUGAUUUCAAAGUGGACGAUUGUUUUAUCGUGUACAUUGGUUGUAUUUUGCGAAUCAGCUUAUGUUGAAACACUACAAAAAUGUGCCAUAGAUGACCCAGCUUGUCUAAAAGGGCUUAUUCAGAAUGUUCUCAGUGAUAUAGGCAAAGGUGGUAUUGAAGAAUAUGGUUUAGCACCCGUUGAUCCACUUGAAAUUAAAGAUCUUAAAGUAUCAAUUUUGGAACUUAUGACUAUCAAUAUAGUAGAAGGAGAAGUUAGGGGGAUUAAAGACUGUGUGAUUGAUAAUAUUGUGUCCGAUGCGAAAGAGCGACGCUUUGUUAUAGAAGUUACAUGUGAUCUGAACAUAAAAGUAAAAGUUAAAUUGGGGGAACUAAGUCCGUAUGUUCAGAACGAAUUUGGAAGCAAAUCUGUCGAGGGUGGUGGCAAUGCCAAAAUAAAACUGGAUAAACUACACGUGAAAUUAGAAUAUUUCUAUGAUAUCAUCAAAAAAGAAGAUGGCGAAACGUACAUCAAAUGCAAGUCAGAAAAAACUGUUUUUGAAUAUCAAAUAGGGGAAGCUAAAGUUGUUGUCGAUAAAUUAUUGUUUGGAGAUGAAGAUUUCACUGAACAGGUCAAUGGAUAUUUUGAAAAAAAUUGGAAUUUUGCUAUAAAAACAUUUGGAAAGAGCGUCUUCGAUUUGGCUUUAGAUAUUCUGAAUAACAUUAUACAUACUUUCUUCGAUAAAACCCCAACUAAGUACUUCAUCACCAAUGAAUUAUCAAUAUCUUAAAAAUGUUAAGGUUCUCGCAUUUAUAAUAAUAUAUUAUAUCAACCCAUUAUUCAUUUAUUAUAAUUACUUAUAGUUAUUUAUAAAUAAAAACCUAUUUAU